AUGAGUGAGAAAAUACCAGUUGAUUUAACUCAUUAUCUUGGGUCGAGUGAUAACCCAGGUAGUGUAAUCACGCCUAUUCAAUUGCGUGGCGGAAAUUACGAUGAGUGGGCACAAGAAAUCAGAAGGUCCUUGAUGGCUAAACGAAAGUUUGGAUUCGUGGAUGGCACAAUCAAACAGCCUACGGAUGCCACGAAAUUGGAAGAUUGGAUUGCGGUGCAGUCGAUGUUGGUAUCAUGGAUUACUAACACUCUUGAUGCGAAGCUUCGUCCUACAAUUGGUGACUAUGAUGAUGCUAGUGUAUCGUGGACGAAUUUGAAGAAUCGAUUUUGUGUCGUGGAGGAGAUUAGGGAGGAGGAUUACCUUCAUUAUUUUUUAAUUGGGUUAGAAGAACAUUAUGCUCCGAUUAGAGCACAACUUCUAGCUCAAUUACCUCUUCCGACGGUUGAUGUUGCUUACCAAAAUGUGGUGAUGACAGAGAGGCUUCGUGCUGGAGGUUUGAACAAGGAAAACAAGGAAUCUACCGUGGCGUUUCGGGUGGAUGCAAAGACGAAAUCGACGUUUGUUGACACAAGUAAUCUGUUUUGUGAUCAUUGCAAUCGUCAAGGCCAUGAUAAGAAAGGUUGUUUUCAACUAAUUGGCUACCCCGAGUGGUGGGGUGAGAGAGGCCGUGGCGGCAGGGGUCGUGGCCGAGGUGGAGGACGUGGCAGCGAUGGUCGGGGGUCACGUAACAGUGGCAGCAGUGGCUCGGCAUCGUCUGGCGCAUCCAAGCAGAAUUAUGUGCGUGCAAACAAAGUGGCGAGUGGAUCGUCUAAUGGGAAACAAUCGUCUGUCUCUCCGGAGGAUGCAUCAGGUUUAGUGGGUGUGAAUGCUACCCAAAUUCAACAAAUUUUGGAUAUCUUAAAUCCAAAAUCUAGACAAUUACAUGGUAAGGAAAAUUCGAUUCCUUGGAUUGUAGAUACGGGGGCAUCAAAUCAUGUCACAUGUGAUUUUUCUGUCCUCAUUAAUGUGAAGAGAGUUCAAACUUGUCCCAUUGGUUUGACCGAUGGAAAUUCAGCUAACGCGGAUCCAUUGGGAACGGUGAUAUUGCCGGGGGGAUUGAGAUUUGACAAUGUUCUUUAUGUUCCUCAAUUAACUUGCAAUUUAAUAUUUGUAACUCAAUUGAGUGAUGAGUCUAAUUGUACAAUGCAAUUUACUAACAAAAUAUGUGUUAUACAGGACCUGCAAACGAGGACGGUGAUUGGUGCGGGUGAACGCGUAGAUGGACUGUAUUUUUUUCCGUGGUGUUCCUCAAGUGAAGGUCUUAGCAGUGGAUAG